AGUGUUUCACACAGUCUGGUUGCAUUCCCAAGGCGUUUGCAUAUGUACCAUCAUUUGCUCAAAUCUUCCAGCUGACGCACACAACAAAAUCACCAAGAGAUGAACAUUCAAAGCAUAAUCCAGUUGACCAAACAGUCAAUUUUUUCGACAAAAGAAGUAAAGAACCAUCUUGUCCUAAACUAACUGCUGUUCAUUCAGAACUCAGCGAUUCAGUGUGGAACGACUUGCAGUAUGACUUGAUCUGGGAAAAUGUAGUCGACUACACUUAUUCACUGUGUAGUACUAACUCCGAACAUCAACAGAAAUGUUUUGAGUUAUAUACAAAAGCCAAGAGAAAAAGCAGUAAAAAAACGCAACCGGUUUUAAUCAAUGACCAUGCCGUCAAUGGUUUUCUAUCAAAUGUUAAGAAUAUUUUACUUAAAUACGAAUAUUUAGUGGACGACAAAGGCAAUGGGGAAAUUUCAACAAAACAUGAAAAGCUAGGCAGUUGCUCGAAGCAUGAUUGUUCGAAGUCUACGCGGCGAAAUGAUGGCCCAUGUUGCUCUAACCAGUCUGCUAAAAACGAUACCGAAAUUUCACGGGUGUUCGAACAAUUGGAGGUUUGCGGAGAUUUGUUAACGAUUGCUGAAAAGGCUAUAGACCUGAAGUUAGAAGCGCCAGAUCACGAAGGGUUAAGCAUUAGAUCAAAUAUAGACGCAAGUGAGAAAUCUAUGAUGGAGGAGCCGAGCACGAAGGUUCGAGCACUAGUAUAA